AUGGCAAAAUUGCUCAAUUUCACUCUUCUUUUGUCAUCAACAUUGUUCAUCUUGUGCACUUGCACUAUUGUUUCCUCCUUUAAUGUUUCCCUUAAUGAUUUUGCCCCUGCUGUUGCCACAUGGUACGGAGAAGGUACUGGAGCUGGAAGUGGAGGAGCCUGCGGAAUUGAGGAUGGUGACUUAGGGAAGGCACCUUACUCAUCGCUUACUGCUGCUGGAAAUGAUGCCCUUUUUAAAGACGGUGCAGGUUGCGGAGCUUGCUAUCAAGUUAGAUGCUCAUCGAAUCCAGCCUGCUCUAAUAGCGCCGUGACAGUGGUUAUCAGCAACCAGUGUCCUGGAUCAUGCAAUGACGAUCCCGUUCAUUUCGAUUUAAGCGGUACGGCUUUUGGAGCUUUGGCCAAAUCUGGUCAAGCUGAACAAUUGCGCAACGCUGGUAAAAUCAACAUCGAAUACUCGAGGGUACCUUGCAACUACGGAAGCCAGAAGCUGAUGUUCCGUGUAGACAAAGGUUCUAACGUAAACUACUUGGCGUUUGUAGUAGAGUAUCAAAAUGGAGACGGAGACCUUGGUUUCGUGGAGCUCCAAGUUAACGGUGCAUGGCAGCCCAUGCAACACAACUUUGGCAGGAGCUGGAAAAUUAAUUUGAAUCCGACGUUACAGUCAGCAGCCUCCGUUAGGUUGACCACCGGACUCUCCAAGAAAACCCUCGUCGUUGACAGCAUCAUUCCGGCGAAUUACAAACCUGGAGAUGUCUUUGUCGCCACUGUCUUAUGCAACCAAAAUCCAGCCUGCUCCGGCCGGCCAGUAACGAUAACAAUCACCGAUGAAUGUCCAGGUGCUUGCAACAAUGACGCCGUUCAUUUUGAUUUAAGUGGAACUGCUUUUGGUUUGUUAGCAAAGCCUGGACAGGCCAACGCACUGCGUAACGCCGGCAGGAUCAACAUUUUGUACCAGAGGGUUCAAUGCUUCUAUCCUAACGAGAAAAUCACGUUUAAAGUUAACACCGGUUCUAACCGAUACUUCUUCGCCGUUGCCGUGGAAUACGAGAACGGAGACGGCGACGUUGCUUCACUGGAGAUCCAACCCGCGGGAUGGAGACAAUUUGUACCAAUGCAACAAAUGUAUGGUUCAACUUACAAAUGGAACAUACCAAAUGGGGCUAAUGCGCCUUAUUCCAUCAGAGUAACCGAAGUUGAAUCAAGAAGAAGCGCUGUGGCCCAAAAUGUGAUUCCAAGGGGUUGGACCCCUGGUGCACACUACACAGCCAACGUUAAUUUCUUAUAA